UUCUUUAGUGUUUCCGGGGCGUCGCUGAUGACCGGUCGCGACAGCUUCCUCACCGGGAUGCAGCAUGGCAUUAUCGACUACUCUGCUCCGUGGGGUCUGCCCUUCGAAGAAGUGACCCUUGCCGACAGGUUUAAGGCCGCUGGGUACUCCACUCACAUGACCGGUAAAUGGCACCUGGGCGUGUUUUCGGACGCCAGCUACCCGUUUUCGAGGGGAUUCGACACGUUCUUGGGGUACACCGGCGGCGGCGAGGGCUACUACAAUCACUCCACAUGUUUCACCCCCACGUUUGAGGGAGGGGAGUAUUCGUGCCUCAAGGACUUCGGGUACGGCGACGAGGACGGCUACAUUGACUACACCACCAAUACCACCAGAGAGGGUCCUGCGAUGGUAGGCAACUACAGCACGACCAUCGUGACGGACCGUGCUAUCGAUGUCGCCACGGAGCACACAGGAACGGCUUCCUCCAAUGAUGCACUGUUUCUAUACGUGGCCUACCAGGCGAGCCACGCGGUGCACACCCCACUGGACGCACCCCUACCGGGCACGUUCACGGAGGAGGAAGAGAAGACACUGGCAAGGUUGGUCGCCGACGAACCCGAUCGCCAUGUCUUCGCCAGUAUCAUGUACUCCCUUGACAAGGAGGUGCGUAGGCUUCACGACGCGCUCGAAGCCCUCGGCGUCCUGGACAACGCCGUGAUCGUGAUCGCCAGCGACAACGGUGCUUGCCCAUCCUCGGGGGGAUCCAACCACCCCCUGAGGGGGUUCAAGAACACCACCUUCCAGGGGGGGGUCCUUGUACCAGCACUCGUGUACUCCAAGUCGACAGAGCUGAUACCGGAGGAGGCGAGGGGGACAACCUACUCUGGAAUGAUGCACUCCACCGACUGGACCCAGACGCUAGGCCGUGUUGUUCCGGGGCUUCCGCUGGCUGGGAUGGGGAAGGAGCUGAGCGGCUUCGACCAAUGGGACGCCAUCGUGGGUAGGCGGUCUGCAGAGGAAGGGCCCGUCCGCAAGGAAAUGGUUCUGGGGCGCAACAGCUAUACUUUCGACACCGACACGGCGGAGAUGGUGAAGAGAGCUAGUCCGUGGGGUGCCUACAUUCACGACGGCUGGAAGCUGAUCCUGCAAGAAAGCUGUGUCCUUUGGGAGACCAACAAGGGAAGCUACCCUGAUCCGGACACGGUGGAGUGUUCCCCAAACGACGAGUGCACGUGCAUUAACCUAUGCGAUGGCCCGGUGUAUGACUUUCUUUUCCACAUAGACACAGACCCAUUGGAAACGGUGAGUUGAGGUUGGGUGAUAAAAAAUUGCCAACAACCUAAAAAAAUAUCAAAAUCGAGCUCUGAUCGGUCGAAGACAACAAAGUGACGCAGCGCUAAAUUUUGAUUUCCUGACGAGGCUUGGCUGCUGGCUGACAGGAAGGGCGCACGUACGGCGAGAGCACUCCACGAAAUGAUGUCUGGGCAAGUUAGUCAAGCCACGGUAUUCAGAAACAAAGGCCGAAGGAAGCCGUACAACACUAUUUGAUGAUCUGUCCAGAUCCAUCCUCUGCCUCCUUCUUGUGAUACGCAUGGUGGACAGAGACGACCGCAACGCCCCCCUAAAACGAAUGCACAAUAUCUUGUUACGGGUGGAAUCCCCUCAGCAGAAAACACAACGUUGGAACAACAGAAACUUCCUCACUCCGAAGCUAAUCCUCGAUGGCGAUACCUACCACCAGGAGAACCUGGUGGAGACGAUGCCCGACAAGUAUGCCGACAUGAAAGCAAGAUUCGAGUUGGCCACAAAGGACGAGGUGCACCCUGCCUAUAUGCCCGAGCAGCCGAUGGGGUUCGCGAAAUGGCAAGACUUCAACACCUGGGUGGUUGCUUGGCAAUAGAAACAAGGCGACGUUGUACCCUCUACCUGGGUGGCUAUCUAGCAAGAGAAACGGCGAGGGGGCGCUUAGCCCCUCUGGUGCGUCACGUGCUCUCAACACGUGUACUUGAAAAGUCUAACGUGCAGAAUACAUCAGAGCAAGUCGCAGUGCGGCAGUGCUUGAAUGGUACCAGCACUGUCAGCAGUGCACAACAACGGAAAGUGACUAGCAUAGACACAUCCAAACGUACAGUAGUGCGUCGCUGUUAUCAUGUGUCUGUGAUUAAUCCUCUUGUGAAGACCGUCGACACUUGAUGUUAGGAGUAUUUGGAACGUCGAACCCGGCUGUUCAAGAUCCAAGACAGUUACAUUGUUUGACUUUCACCAUGUAUUGUAGAUGAAGGUAUGUUGUGUAGCAAGAGUCCAGGAGGCUCUCGGGGUGCGGUUUGCAGUUCUUCUGUUGUUGUUCCGUGCCAGGAAGGAAAGGGACACCAUAACCUUUGCUAUGUAGCCGCCUACAACGUAGAAUUAUCGUCCGUUCGUCUUCGCUAUGUAGCCGCCUACAACGUAGAAUUAUCGUCC